GCAGUCGGUGGGUAGCCGGUGGCGAUGCCCUCCCAGGCCUCAGGCCCCGCUGAGGCUCCACCCGAGUCCUCUGCAGAAGCACAGGAGACAGCAGCAGCCCCGGCCAAGGAGAACGGGGUGGACACAGGGGUCCAAGCCCCUCCCAAGCAGAAGUCCUGGCUAGUGCGACAUUUCUCACUGCUGCUGCGGCGGGACCGACAGGCCCAGAAGGCGGGGCAGCUCUUCUCUGGGCUCCUGGCCCUCAACGUGGUGUUCCUGGGCAGCGCCUUCAUCUGCAGCAUGAUCUUCAACAACGUGGCUGUCACGUUGGGUGACGUGUGGCUCCUGCUGGUCGUGCUCAAGGUCCUCUCCCUCCUCUGGCUCCUCUACUACGUGGCCUUCACUACCCGCCGGCCACACGCCGUGCUCUACCAGGACCCUCACGCCGGACCUGUUUGGGUGCGGGGCUCCCUGGUGCUGUUCAGCAGCUGCACCGUCUUCCUCAAUGUCUUCCAUGUGGGUUACAACGUGAGCCACCUCCACUGCAAGUCCCAGAUUGAGCUUGUCUUCCCUGUCAUCGAGAUCGUCUUCAUCAGCAUCCAGACCUGGGUGCUCUGGAAACACUGUAAGGACUGUGUUCAGGUCCAGACCAACCUCACUAGGUGUGGCCUGAUGCUGACCCUGGCCACAAACUUGCUGCUGUGGGUUCUGGCCGUCACCAAUGACUCCAUGCAUCACGAGAUCGAGGCUGAGCUCAGCGCCCUCAUGGAGAAGUUCUCAGGCAAUGAGACCAACACCUGCCUCUGCCUCAACGUCACGGUGUGUGAGGUUUUCCGGAAGGGCUACCUCUUGCUCUACCCCUUUGGCACCGAGUACUGCCUCGUCUGCUGUGCUGUGCUCUUCGUCAUGUGGAAGAACGUGGGCCGCCGCGUGGCAUCCCACGCAGGGCCCCACCCCAGCACCCCGCCCUUCCGCCUGCAUGGGGCUAUCUUCGGGCCACUGCUGGGCGUGCUGGCGCUGGUGGCCGGCGUGUGCAUCUUUGUGGUCUUCCAGAUCCAGGCAAGUGGUCCGGCCAUCGCGCGCCAGUACUUCACCGUCUACUAUGCCUUCUAUGCUGCGGUGCUCCCUGCCAUGAGCUUGGCAUGCCUGGCGGGCACGGCCAUCCACGGGCUGGAGGAGCGAGAGCUGGACACGCUCAAGAACCCCACACGCAGCCUGGAUGUGGUGCUGCUGAUGGGCGCGGCACUGGGCCAGGUGGGCGUCGCCUACUUCUCCAUUGUGGCUAUCGUGGCCACUCACCCGCAGGAGCUGCUCAACCGCCUCAUCCUGGCCUACUCGCUGCUGCUCAUCCUGCAGCACAUCACCCAGAACCUCUUCAUCAUUGAGGGCCUGCACCGGCGCCCGCUCUGGGAGGCAGCUCUGGAGAGUAAGCCCGAGGCUGAGCUGCCCCGCAGGGGCUCGCUGCUGGAGCUGGGCCAGGACCUGCGGCGGGUCUCGCUGGCCUACAUCCAUUCCUACAGCCACCUCAACUGGAAGCGGCGGGCGCUCAAGGAGAUCUCACUCUUCCUCAUCCUCUGCAAUAUCACACUGUGGAUGAUGCCGGCAUUUGGCAUGCACCCCGAGUUUGAGAACGGGCUGGAAAAGGAUUUCUAUGGCUACCGGACUUGGUUCACCAUCGUCAACUUCGGCCUGCCUCUGGGCGUCUUCUACCGCAUGCACUCGGUCGGGGGGCUGGUGGAGGUCUACCUGGGGGCCUGAGACUGUCCGAGGAACCCACACUGGCAGAACCUGAGGUGUCCAGG